AUUCUAGCCGAAGCAACAUGUCUGCCUCCAUGGUGCGGGCUACCGUCCGAGCGGUCAGCAAAAGGAAACUAUUAGCCACAAGAGCCGCACUGACCCUGACCCCAGCGGCUGUGAACAAGAUAAGGUUUCUGCUGCAGAACAAGCCAGAAUACAUCGGUUUGACGGUCGGGGUGAGAACGCGCGGCUGCAACGGGAUGACUUACACACUAGACUACACAAAGGAGAAGGGGAACUCUGACGAGGAGGUGCUGCAGGACGGUGUGAGGGUGUUCAUAGAGAAGAAGGCCCAGCUCACCCUGCUGGGAACCGAGAUGGACUUUGUGGAGUCCAUGCUGUCCAGCGAGUUUGUCUUCAACAAUCCUAACAUCAAGAGCACGUGCGGCUGCGGAGAGAGCUUCAACAUCUGACCCCCCCCUCCCCACCCCCCAACAUCCCAAUGUUCUGAACCCCUGUCCCCUCCACGAAGACCGAGAGACUGAACAGUGACGAGGAAGUGGGGCUCUAACUGCAGACCACUCGAGACACACACACACAAAGCCUGAGUGUAUGCAUACACACAAAACAGAGGAAAAUCUUGUGUUUUAAUACAACCUGUGUAAUCAAAAACAUGUUGAUUUUAGGUUCAAUUACCUCUGAUGUUGACAAGUGCUGAUAACUGUGAUCUCCAUCAAAAAACUCAAAAUGACCUCAAAAGCGAGAUGUUUUUGCUGCCAUUUAAAAAAAACACACAUAAUACACAAUGCAUUCAGAAAAGUCAAAUUUGUAAGUUGGAAAAUCUUGAAUCCAUCCACUAAAAGCCCGUAGGCCAACCUCAGCUGAGUGGCGGCUGUUUGUCAGACAGUGUGCCAUCACAAACCCAGCAGCAGUAUGCAAAAGUGGAUGAGUGAGUGUCUUGAAAGCGCUUUAUUCAUUUGUAAAGUGUAUAUUUAUCUGUGUGUAAAUAUAAAGAAUGUAUAUCUCCCUUGAACCACGCAAGCGCACAAAAAUAACAUGCAUCCCUCAUAGAGUACUUGAGGUUUGUGUUCUUUCUUUUAAGCUUGAUUAAAGCCGUUGCGUUUGUAUCGUGCAAUAUGUCAUAUCUGUACAUAUGAACUAAUAAAUAGCUGAAUUCAGGAAA